AUGCUGUCUAGAUCGAGGCUAUUAGGCUACUCGGCCAGGACCAUCGCGCAGUUGUCGCGGCCAGGAUGCCCCCGGAUAAGCAACGAGGCCGUCAAGCCGUUCAGCAAGCGGGACACGCUGGACUGGGACCUGUUGCGGGCGUCGCUGUCCAAGUUCAACAACUCGUCGCUCGACGUGCCGCUCGUGAUAAACGGCGAACGGAUAUACUUCAACGACGCCGGCAAGCGUGAGCUGUUUAAGCAGGUGAACCCGGCGCGGCACACGCAGGUGCUGGCGCACGUGACGCAGGCCUCGAGGGAGGACGUGCGCGCGGCCGUGCGGGCCGCGCAAGACGCCAAGCAGAAGUGGUACGAGACGCCGUUCUACGACCGCGCAGCGGUGUUCCUCAAGGCCGCGGACCUGGUGGCCACGAAGUACCGGUACGACAUGCUCGCGGCAACCAUGCUCGGUCAGGGGAAAAACGUGCAGCAAGCGGAGAUCGACUGCAUCACGGAGCUGGCGGACUUCUUCCGCUUCAACGUCAAGUACGCGGAGGAGCUGUACCAGCAGCAGCCCGCAGAAUCGAGCCCGGGCGUGUGGAACCGCUCCGAGUACCGGCCACUGGAGGGCUUUGUGUAUGCGGUAUCGCCGUUCAACUUCACCGCAAUCGCAGGCAACCUGGUGGGUGCCCCCGCCCUCAUGGGGAACACGGUGGUGUGGAAGCCGUCGCAGAACGCCGCGCUCUCGAACUACCUGCUGCUCACGGUGCUGGAGGAGGCCGGCCUGCCCCGCGGCGUGAUCAACUUCGUCCCCGGCAACCCCGUCGACGUCACCGAGGAGGUGCUCGCGGAUAAGGCCCUCGGCGGGCUGCACUUCACCGGCUCCACGGCCGUCUUCAAGCAGCUCUACGGCAAGAUCCAGCAAGGCGUCGUCAGCGGGCUGUACCGCGACUACCCCCGCAUCGUCGGCGAGACCGGCGGCAAGAACUUCCACCUCGUGCAUCCGAGCGCAAACCUGCCCCACGCCGUGCUCUCGACGCUGCGCGGCGCCUUCGAGUUCCAGGGCCAGAAGUGCUCCGCCGCGUCGCGCCUGUACCUCCCCCAGUCGAAGGCCGACGCGUUCCUCGCAGACCUCGCCGGCACGCUCGCCGCCAUCAAGCCCGCCAACACCUCCGCGUCCAGCAUCAACGGCGGGGACCUCCACGCCUUCAUGGGCCCCGUGAUCCACGAGCAGAGCUUCGACAAGCUCGCCGCCGCCAUCGAGCGCGCGCGCACCGACCCCGAGCUCGAGAUCCUCUACGGCGGCGACCACAGCAAGAGCCAGGGCUACUUCGUCGGCCCCACCGUCGUCCGCACCUCCAACCCCCGCCACGACUUCAUGACCGCCGAGUUCUUCGGCCCCAUCCUGACCGUCUACGAGUACCCGGACGCCCAGUUCGACCAGGUCUGCGACCUCAUCGACUCCACCUCCGCCUACGGCCUCACGGGCGCCGUCUUCGCGCGCGACCGAGACGCCAUCGCCGCCGCCGACCGCCGCCUCAAGUACGCCGCAGGCAACUUCUACAUCAACGACAAGGCCACCGGCGCCGUCGUCGCCCAGCAGUGGUUCGGCGGCGCCCGCAUGAGCGGCACCAACGACAAGGCCGGCUCCCCGAACGUGCUCUCGCGCUUCGUCAGCGUCCGCAGCGUCAAGGAGAACUUCUACGAGCUCACCGACUUUAAGUAUCCCUCCAACUACGAGUAG